AUGAAAGUGACAGGACCUAGAGCAGUAAUGAAUUUAGAUAUUGCAGGUCCAUUUAUGAAUCAGUCAGGUGUUGCGAAAGGAAAAAAGAGAUAUUUCAUAUCUCUCGUAGAUUACUAUUCAAAAAACAUUUAUGCCAGAUUUAUUAAUACUUUAAAGUCAAAUAAAAUUUGUGUAGAAAUAGCGAAAAUAAUCAAAAAUAAACAACCGAUAGUUAUAAAGUGUGAUAAUGCAAAGUAUUUUGCAAAAAUUAAAGAAAACUUGAAGAUUGAAUUGAUAAAGCUUAUGGAUGAUAAAGAAAUUUCAGAUAUAGAUGAAGAAUUACUAAUGUGUGCUGCUGAAGGAAAAAAGGGAAAAUUUGCUGAAACUAUUAUGUGCAGCGAAAAUUUAAAAAGUAAAGCUUUUGAUAAAUUAAGAUUUAAGAAGGUAAUUUAUGGUUCUCCGUAUCAUUCAAAAUCGAAUGGAAAUGUUGAGAGAAGUAUUAGAACGAUUGAAGAAUCUCUUUCUAAGAGAUUAAUUGAUAAAGCAGAUAGAAAGGAAGCAAAAUUAGUAAAUCAAGAGGAUUUGGAUAUAAUAUGUGAUCAAUAUAAUAGAUCAUAUCAUGGAGGUAUAAGAAAUAUUCCAAAUAAUUUGUUUAAUGAAGAAAAUGGAGAUUGUAUCAUGGAGGAAGCGGAAAUUAUCAAUAUUGUUGAAGGAGAAAUUUAUGUAAAGAAAAAACCGUUUUUGAUCAAGAAACAUGGGAAAAGAUAUGAAAGAAUUGAUAAAGAAAGUAAGAUUGUGGGUAAUAAAGUAAUUAUUAAUGGUAAAGAAGCUAGAUCAAUAGAUCAUGUAAAGUUCCCGAAUAAGAAUCAUUUAUCUUGUGUCAGCGAGUUUCAAGAUCUUAAAAGAGCCGAUUUUGUUAACUCUUUCGAGGGGAGAGAGGGUGAGUUAUAA